AUGAACGUCGUUAGGAGAUCAUUCUGCUCUGCAUCGUCACUAUUAGGGAGAGAACUAUACCAGGGUGAAUCUGUUGUGCGAGUCAUCCUCAGAGAUCCCGAGCGUCGCAAUGCUCUAUCGUUCGCAAUGAUCGAGGAGUUGGCCAGAGAGUUAGAAGGACUAAACGAUAUACCUAAGGUUGGUAUUCCUUUUCAACUAUUGAUCCAUUUGUUGCAGGUGCGUUCAGUCAUCAUCGCAUCAGGGAGCAAAGUGUUUUCAUCCGGACACGACUUAACCGAAUUGGAUCUUCACCGGAAGAUUUUCGAACGAUGUUUCGAUCUGAUGACGCUCAUACGUCGCAUGCAAAUCCCAGUUAUUGCUGAAGUGAACGGGAUCGCUGCUGCUGCUGGAUGCCAACUAGUGGCUUCAUGUGAUGUAGUUGUAGCCUCUGAGACCUCCAAAUUCCUAGUCCCUGGGUAUAAAGUCGGAUUGUUCUGCUCUACGCCAGGUAUUCCACUUGCGCGUGCAGUACCUCACAAAAUUGCUCUCGACAUGUUGUUAACUGGAGAACCUAUAGAUGCGCAUUUUAGCUAUGGACUCGUCUCGCGAGUAGUUCCAGAGAGUGAGGUGAAGUUCGAGGCGCUUAAGGUGGCCGAACAAAUCGGAAGACAUAGUCGUUCAGUGACUGCUCUUGGCAAGGCGUUUUUCUACUCACAAACCGAAUUGGGACUCAACGAUCAGUUCGAGUCGUUCGUUGGUCGACGAGGGUUUAGCUGA